AUGGUGCCUGAUACCACCAGUGCUCCUGGAACCUUCCAGAGAGUCGCUUCCCUCCCUGAGAACCCAUACGCCACAUUGAUCACCGAUCAAUCGAUCGCGAUCAUCCCCUCAUUUACCCUGGAAUCGGGAGUUACCCUUCACAAUGUCCCCGUCGCCUACACUACCCGUGGCGAAUUGUCUCCAAGCCGUGACAAUGUACUCGUGAUCUGCCAUGCUCUGAGCGGCAGUGCCGAUGUGGCCGAUUGGUGGGGUCCUUUGCUUGGUGGCCCUGGUCAAGCUUUCGACACUUCUCGAUUCUUCGUGAUCUGCUUGAACAGCCUCGGUAGCCCUUACGGAAGUGCGAGUGCUGUGACUGCUAAAGAUGGCGACCCGGCGAAGGGAUUGUAUGGACCUGAAUUUCCUCUUACGACUGUCCGUGACGACGUUAGGAUUCACAAGAUGGUUCUGGAUGAUUUGGGCGUCCGACAGAUCGCAGCUGUCGUCGGAGGUUCCAUGGGAGGCAUGCUGACUCUCGAAUAUGCCUACUUUGGCAAGGACUAUGUACGAGCGAUUGUUCCCAUCGCUACCUCAGCGCGUCAUUCUGCCUGGUGCAUCAGUUGGGGUGAGGCUCAGCGGCAAAGCAUCUACAGUGACCCCAAAUAUGAAGAUGGAUACUACCCAUUCGACGAUCCGCCAGCCACUGGCUUGGGUGCAGCCCGUAUGUCCGCUCUCUUGACAUACAGAAGCCGCAACUCCUUCGAGUCUCGGUUCGGUAGAAAUGUGCCCGAUCCGUCCAAGAAGCAAACCAUCAAUGGCUCCGAGCAAUCACCGACCCCACUGAAUGAACACUGGGCCAUCCACAAUGAUGGGCACAAGAAUGGGUUAUCCUCUCGAGCGCCCAGCGAACGCGGUUCGCCUGCUCCUCAGCAGCCCUCCGAGGUCCAGUACAUGGAUCCCCAGUUCUCCGGAACCAAGACCUUCAGCACACCAGUCAGCGAGAGUAAUCGCAAGCAGCCUCCAACAUACUUUUCUGCACAGUCAUAUCUCCGCUACCAGGGAGAGAAGUUUGUGAAGCGGUUUGACGCCAACUGUUACAUUGCCAUUACACGCAAACUUGACACGCACGAUGUGUCUCGGCACCGUGCCAGUCCGGACUCGGCGGAUCCCGUCAAAGAGGCCCUAUCCCAGAUCGAGCAGCCGACAUUGGUUCUCGGUAUCGAAAGUGACGGUCUUUUCACCUUUGAGGAGCAGAAGGAGAUUGCAGCGGGCAUCCCAGACUCGAGACUCCUACGGAUCGAGAGUCCUGAGGGUCACGAUGCCUUCCUGUUACAGUUCGAGCAGGUUAACCGCUACAUUCUCGGGUUCUUCCGGGAAGUCUUGCCGGAUAUUAUGUCGAAGCCGCCUGCCAACGGGGCUGUCGCCAUGGACGGAGUGAACAAACUCACUAAGAGCAGCACAUUUGGCGAGGCGGAAGUGGAGGAUAUCACCGCCUGGUAA